GUUUGUACUUCUUGAAAGUACAAGCGUCCACUAUUGUACCAUCUGCUACCUGAGUAGAAAUUGUAAGAUAAAGUUCACCUUGAAGGCAUUUAUAAGCAGAGAGAUCUGUACCAUAUGCCAACUGUGUAGUCAAUGAAUAUAUACUAAUUUAGAUUUUCUCUGUACACUAAGAACUUUAGCAUUUUAAAUAUGUUUAGUUGCAAGAUAAUUGUUAGUGUUUUAUUUUUGCUUUGUAUCGCUAAGACAAAUAGUGAUGAGAACUAUUUGAAGGCCACAGCAGGAUCAAAUGACUUCGAUGUUUUAAUUUUUACACAACAUUGGCCUCAAACUGUUUGUUAUACUUGGAAGGAAAACGAGGCAUCGCACACGUGUUCAUUACCGACAAAACGUGAUGAGUGGACAAUUCAUGGCAUUUGGCCUUCUCAAUACCAUAAAAUCGGCCCACAGUUUUGUAAUAAAUCGAUGCCUUUUAACGCUUCAGCUUUAAAAUCAAUAGAAACAGAAUUACAAGAAAAAUGGAUAGAUAUAGAAAAUGGAAAAACAUCUUACUCCCUUUGGAAACAUGAAUGGGACAAACACGGUACUUGCGCGGCAACCGUGGAACGUCUAAAUAGUGAGGUCAAGUAUUUCAAGGAAGGUCUGAAUUUAUUAACAAAGUAUAAUAUGAAAAAUGUAUUAGUACAAGAAAAUAUCAUACCUGGACAAACAUAUAACACGAGCGAUAUUUUGAAUGCUAUUGAACGAAUAUUAAGUAAACGAGGCUCAUUAAUCUGCAUAAAAAACAAGGACACUGGAGAAUCAUACAUAUUUGAAAUACGAAUAUGUUUUGACAAGAUGUUAGAAUUAAUUAACUGUGAUGAAACUUAUGAAUAUCCUACGAACUGUGAUCUUUCUGGAUAUGUAACAUAUCCUGAUAAACUGCCACAAGGACACAACGUAGCACAGAAAUUACAAAUACAGAAUGUUUUGAAAUACUGCCUUUUUAUAAAUUUUUGGAGAAUAUUUUACAAUCGUAUAGUAUCUUAAAAGUUAUAUGGUUGACUGCAUGGAAAAUAAUAGCUGAUAUUUAUUAUGAUCAUUCUACUUUUUUCUGAACAAUUAAAACUGCAGAUGGUGUCAGGCCUGGAAGUACAAUAAUAAUAAUUAAAUAAUUGAGCCUUGUACCCUUUUAUCUUUAUGUUAUUAUAAGAAAAUCAUAGCUAAUUCAGAAGAUCUUAAUACUAUACUAUUACAUACUAGUAA